UGCUGCACCUCUCCGUAGGAUGCUUCAUUUGUUGUAAAUGUGGAUCCUUUUUGCCACAUGAUCCAUUUUAUUACAUCAAUGAGACAAGCGACCUGAUUUGUGCACUAGAUGAGCCGUUGGAAAAUGUAAACUCGUCUGAUUUAUACUUUGUAAAGAAUGGAAAGGAGGUCAAUUCGACCAUAAUCAAUGAAAGCACAAGAGCUAUAAGGAAGCAGAUGCAGAUCGAGGAUGAGGGGACAUAUUACUGUUACAAGAGUGGUGAUUCCAUUGUAGAGAAAACAGUUGGAGGCCAGCUUGUAUCUGUUGAUUAUCCUUUACAAUCAGUAGAUGAUAUUGAAUGUGUCUGGCACAAUUGGAAAGUGAAGUUGGUUUGUACGUUGAACCUUCCCCCAUACCGCCACAUGAAGUCUAUUGAUGUUAAUAUAGUGAUGUAUAAUGGAGCUUAUAUCGAAUGCCCAGAUAUGGUGAACAAAAAAGAAUGUACCUGGUAUAACAACAUCGAUACAGCUAUGUUAUAUUUCCGAGUGAAUGUGACUAACACAAACAAGCAAAAAAAACAAACCAUCACAGGAAAGUUCAUCACAAAAUUACGAAGUGAAAAUGUUAAACCCUCAGCUGUGGAAUCAUUUCAACAACACUAUACAGACAAGAGUACCUGUUUAUUACUGACCUGGACGUAUGACAAAAACAUUGCUAAAUCUAGAUUGAAGUACUACAGAAUUCAGUACUUUCCUGUGGCAGAUCCAUCACAGAAUAAAACGGUGGAGACUGAUGAAGACAAUGCGACUGUCUGUCAGCUUACCCCUUACACUGAGUACAAGUUCACUAUCACUGUCCAUCCUGGCAGAGUUACAGAAGUUAAGGGCUACCGGAGUGACCCAGUCACUAUUCACAUUCGUACAGACCAAGAUAUUCCUAGAACAGCCCCUGAAAUCGUGGCAUACAGACAGUCUGUAGAGCUCUGUGCCCAGAAAAGAGAGACUCCUGCUGAAACUGUUACUACAGUAUUUUGGAAGUCUCUACCGGAGGUGGACAGGAAUGGUGUGAUCACAAAUUACAUGGUGUCCUAUGCUCACUUCUCUCCGGGAGGAAUAGCUACAGAGGUUAUUGUUAAAAACACAGAGAACAAUUCAGUCAACCUGAGGCUUCUUUGUGACAAACUCUACAAUGUUUCUAUCAGUGCAGCUACAAAUAAGGGAUACUCACCACACCACUCCAGUCUUAUCAUCAACACCACAGGUACUUCCUUACCUGUUGUUAUGGUGGAGCGUAAUAAUUCACUCUACAAUGUUUCCUGGACUGUCCCUUGGCAUGUAGACUCCCUCAUCAGUUUCAGUGUGGUUUAUUGUAAGCAGCUUGGUUCACAACAAAGCUGUAUUGGUGAUUUAGAGAAGGUGGAUGUUCCAGGCUCCUACACACGUUCCCAAACUUUGUCUCUGACAUCCAACACAACGUACCUGUUUGGUGUGUCAGUCAUUAGGGAUGGACUUACCAAUGCUGCCAUGUUUGAGAGCUGUGUUUACGUUGUCACUGAAACACCAACUACACCAGAGUUCACUGUAGAGGACAGUAUUGGAGAUAACAGUCUACGGGUGGAUUGGGAUCCUUCAACAUGCAACAACAAACAGCCAUAUGUCAUAAGUUUUACUAUUACAUGGUGUCCUACAAAAUAUAAACAGGAGGAUCAGUGUAGUGGACAAGAACAGAUGAAGGUAAUCCCAUCCACAGCAAAGACAGAAUACAUCAUCAGCAACCUGGAGAAGGAUGUACGGUAUGGUGUUAGAAUGUUGAGCUCUUCUUCAUCACAAUCUAGUCGUCUUAGUGGGAUGAAGUAUGGAACACCUACAAAUAAUGACAUUUCCAAAGGCAUCAUUGUUGUAAUUGUAAUAUCUAGCUUGUUUGUGGUGAUCUUCAUCAUUGCUGGAUUUUCAUGUCUCUGCAGAUUGUUGAAGCAGAAAUACAAACAAGCUACAAAACCAUUUGAGUUUGACACACCUGACCUGCCUAUUAGGGCUGAAGACUCAGAUUCAGAUCCACCCACUGAUUCCAAUGAGGCUUUACUUCGACCUAAACAUGAGAAAAACAAGCCCAUUUUUGAUUGCCAUCCAGCUUUGUUGGAGACCACUUGUACAUAUCAGCUGGAUUUCAAGGGACUUGAUGGCCGGACGAAUCCAGUCAUGGGGAGAGCUCCAAUAGAAAACCAAAUAAGUAUUGACAGCGGUACAGGUGAAAGUUUAUCUACAGAACCAGAGUCCCCCAGCAGACUAAGCCCCGUCCCUGAGAACAACCCUAGUCCCUUCACCAAGAAAGUACCAGGAACAAGUAGUGACAGCACUGAACCUGAUUCUACUCAUUCCUCAGGCAAUGAAAACUAUUCCACAAUAAUACAAAGCACAUCACAUAGGUCAACAACUUCGGAAAGAUCAGACCCUGGUAGGGUACACAUUGAUCACAAUCAUCAAAUAGUUGGAUUUGCAGGGGAAUUUCACCCAAGACCAGUCUAUGUUACAGAAGGAUUACAUGCCGUGGGAGUGAUCUCACCCACAGAGGUACACCCAAACAAGAAUGUAACUAUGUCACAGGAACAUUCUGAAAACAAUUCAUCUGGAACACCAGAUUACUGCAAAGUAGACACAGCAAAGAUACCUGUGUCAACACGAGGAAAUCAAGCCCAAAGCAAAAUGUUGAAUAAUGUGCAUGUGAAUCUGAACCAGUUGUCUCCAAAUUCAUUGAAUGCACUGUCCAUCCAUGUGUCUGCCCCAUAUGUUCAAUCAACACUUUCAUAUGUUGGUUCCACUACUGUGACUAGCCAAUCAACAACCCCAUAUGUUGAUUCCACUACUGUGACUAGCCAAUCAACAACCCCAUAUGUUGAUUCCACUACUGUGACUAGCCAAUCAACAACCCCAUAUGUUGAUCCCCCUACUGUGACUUGCCAAUCAACAACCCCAUAUGUUGAUUCCACUACUGUGACUAGCCAAUCAACAACCCCAUAUGUUGAUUCCACUACUGUGACUAAGCAAUCAACAACCCCAUAUGUUGAUUCCACUACUGUGACUAGCCAAUCAACAAAUCCAUAUGUUGAUCCCCCUACUGUGACUAAGCAAUCAACAACCCCAUAUGUUGAUUCCACUACUGUGACUUGCCAAUCAACAACCCCAUAUGUUGAUUCCACUACUGUGACUAGCCAAUCAACAACCCCAUAUGUUGAUUCCACUACUGUGACUUGCCAAUCAACAACCCCAUAUGUUGAUUCCACUACUGUGACUAGCCAAUCAACAACCCCAUAUGUUGAUUCCACUACUGUGACUAAGCAAUCAACAACCCCAUAUGUUGAUUCCACUACUGUGAUUAACAAAUCAACAACCCCAUAUGUUGAUUCCACUACUGUGCCUAACCAAUCAACAACCCCAUAUGUUGAUUCCACUACUGUGACUUGCCAAUCAACAACCCCAUAUGUUGAUUCCACUACUGUGACUAGCCAAUCAACAACCCCAUAUGUUGAUUCCACCACUGUGACUUGCCAAUCAACAAAUCCAUAUGUUGGUUCCACUACUGUGCCUAACCAAUCAACAACCCCAUAUGUUGAUUCCACCACUGUGACUUGCCAAUCAACAAAUCCAUAUGUUGGUUCCACUACUGUGCCUAACCAAUCAACAACCCCAUAUGUUGAUUCCACUACUGUGACUAAGCAAUCAACAACCCCAUAUGUUGAUUCCACUACUGUGACUAGCCAAUCAACAACCCCAUAUGUUGAUUCCACUACUGUGACUAGAAGCCAAUGCCAAUCAACAACCCCAUAUGUUGGUCCCACUACUGUGACUAGCCAAUCAACAACCCCAUAUGUUGAUUCCACUACUGUGACUAACCAAUCAACAACCCCAUAUGUUGAUCCCCCUACUGUGACUAGCCAAUCAACAACCCCAUAUGUUGAUUCCACUACUGUGACUAGCCAAUCAACAACCCCAUAUGUUGAUCCCACUACUGUGACUAGCCAAUCAACAACCCCAUAUGUUGAUUCCACUACUGUGAUUAACAAAUCAACAACCCCAUAUGUUGAUUCCACUACUGUGACUAGCCAAUCAACAACCCCAUAUGUUGAUCCCACUACUGUGACUAGCCAAUCAACAACCCCAUAUGUUGAUUCCACUACUGUGACUAGCCAAUCAACAAAUCCAUAUGUUGAUUCCACUACUGUGACUAACCAAUCAUCACCCUCAUCUGUUGUUGACUCCACCGAUGUGACACAACCAUCACCCACACCAUAUGUUGGGUCCACCGAUUUGUCUCACUCAUCACAAACCCCAUCUUCUUUUGUAGAAAUACCAGGAUUCUGUCCCAAGUUAGGCUGAAGCAUCCUGGGAGGAAAGGAAUCAACUUUGUGUAAUGUGUUGGUCUUAGGGGCCCCUUGGGGCAGGAUUAUUGGGCCUAAAAGAGAAAAUUCUCAAAAAUCCUUCCUCUUCUGUAGGAAAAUCAAGAUUCUAUCCUGAUUUGGUAUCAAGUAUUAUUGGGUUCAGGAGAAUUCCUUUUGUAUACACAGUGAGAUGGAAGGAGCAGGACCCAGUAGGGGAAAUAGAACAGAUUCUUUAAUAUCCUUCUUCUGUAGAAAUGUCAGGAUUCUAUCCUGGUACAGUCUUAAGCAUCAAUGGUUUGGCUGACACCCCUUGGACAGGAGAAAAUAGAUUUAAACCCUUAGAAUCCCUUUUCCUUUUGUUUGGACGAAACAGUUUCAGCCAAACAAAGGCAGGUGAGCAGUCCAAACCCUAUAUUGUAUCUCUUGUUAUUAGGCACAUUUUCAUGAAAAAAAAUCUAAACAAAUUUUGCUCAAAUUUUUAAGAGAAUACUCCAACAGGACAUCAUUUAAGGUAUAGUUGUCAUUAUCAGGAUAGGGGCAACUGAAGAUUGUAAUUUUAUAUAUGUAUAUAAAAAGUAUAACUGAUCGUUUUUGGUAGAGGAUGAAAAAGCUGUUACCAAAAAUAUCAUGUGAAAUUUAAGUAUAGAAAAGUGUGUGUACCAUUUUUCAUUUUGUUUUUCUUUUUUCCUUUUUUUUUUCCUUUUUUGUUUUUUUUGUUUGUUUGUUUGUUAAUGAAGCAUUGAUUGAUAUACCUAUGAUUGAAAUGUGCUGCAAUAAAUUGAAGCCACAUGAACAAGUAAUCAUGAUCAGAGUUUCAAAUCCUAUAUGAAUUUCCUGCAUGUUUUGCAAAUAACAUUUCCCGGGAGAUCGUGCAAUUUUACAGUAAUUAUCAUCAUAGAUUUCAUUCAAUGACCAUUCCAACAAUAUAUAAAUCUGUAUUGAGCAUAGCUCGAGCAGCCCCAUAAGGAUAGCUUAAGAAGCAAGCCAUAAAGAUAAUACACACAAAGAAAGCAGUGAAAAUUUUCAAACAUACUAACAGUCAUGAAGUUAUGACAGGGAAGUGGAAUUCCCAGUAAUGCUUUGUGCUCUUUCAUUCAGGUCUCACAGCUCUUUAUUCCCGGUCAGAUUCUGACCAGUUCUUUCAUCACAAGUAGGUUGACCAGGUCUUUGAUGUGAUACUUGUUAUUACAAAUAGAUUUUUUUAUUAGAUAUGUACCUGAUGGGUUUCUUGUGAUCAGACAUGCUAAAAAUUACAGCAUCCUACUAUUGUCUUUUCAGUGAAUGAAUAAGAUUAAUUAGGUUAUUGAUGAUGUCAUUAAUCAUGUGAUUAUAAUGGUUUGAUGUGAAAUUUUCAUUCAGAAUUGUCUUCGUAUUUACUACUCAGGUAACUACCUUAGAUCUGGUUCUGUGUUUACAUUUUAUACAUGCUAUAAACCUGAGAUCUGCAUUGAAGUUUAUAUGUGUGUAAACGUGUCACAGUGUAAAACAUCUGGUACAAUAUUGUAUAUGUGUCAAUACUCUACACAAGUCAGUGUUAUAAAAAUGUUGUGUACAUUGUACCAGGUAUAUGUGUCAAUACUGUACACAAGUUGGUGUUAUAAAAAUGUUGUGUACAUUGUACCAGGUAUAUGUGUCAAUACUGUACACAAGUCAGUGUUAUAAAAAUGUUGUGUACAUUGUACCAGGUAUAUGUGUCAAUACUGUACACAAGUUGGUGUUAUAAAAAUGUUGUGUACAUUGUACCAGGUAUAUGUGUCAUUACUGUACACAAGUCGGUGUUGUUAAAUGCCGGAUACAGUGCUGUACAAUUUCCUUACAAGUUUUAUUUUGUUAUACCAUAUAUAAGACACCUGACUAGUUGUAGGUUUUUUUUAACUCACCUGGCUAUGGCACAUGGUCCCUCGUCCGUCUAUCGUCUGGCAUCAACUUUUUCCUUCAAACGACUUCUUCUAAAUAACCAAUGGACCAGAUAUUUUGAUGUUUGGCUGGUAUGUUCCUAGGAUGAACCCCGACAUGGUUUGGACAAAGAAAUGACCUUGACCUAAAUUCAAGGUAACAGGGAUCAAACUUUUCAAAAAAGUUUUAAAUGACUACUUCUUGUGAUCUAAAAGGCUGAGAGGCUUGAUAUUUGGCUGGUAUUUGUAUACCAGGUGAGCAUUGCAUGCCCAUAGGGCCUCUUGUUUUGUGUCAGGAUAUUGACAUUUAAAUUUGUAAUCAUCUCUGUUGACAGGUUCACUCUGGAGUGAAAAAAUGAUUUUGGUAAAUUAUAUGUCUUUGAUGAUUCUGCUGCAGAUGUACAGUACUGUGUCUUGUAGAGUAAUCAAUCCAGCUUCAUUCUCCCUCAGUAGAGGAAAGGUGGAAGAUUUUUUUCCCAAAAACUGAAAAAUCUGUUCCUAAAUUACAGGCUUGAUAGUGGGACAGUAUCUCCACUUAAACACUGUCUGGAUAGUGGGACAACCUGUCACGUAUACACUAGCUUGAUAGUGGGACAGUAUCUCCACUUGAACACUGUCUGGAUAAUGUGUAUAAAUUGUUAUAAGCAAUAUGAAUAAGUUGCUUUGUAUCAUGUGUGGCAAGAAAUUAUAUUCUGAUCUAGAGCAGUUGACUCAAGCUGUUUAAAUUGUUUCUAAUUUUACUUUUGAAAUAAUCACAAUAGAACAGUGUUUAUUAUAUAAACUUUUAUAUCAUUUGUAGAACAUAAUGGUUAAAUCCAAUGUUUUCCGAGUAAAUGCAGUAUACACUGUCAGUAAAUUAAAGAAUCAAAAUAAC